CUGGUUAUAUUUACAGUAUAUGUGUUGUUUAGUCUCAGCAGGACUUUUGCCAGACAAGAAAACAAACAGCAGAGGUCGCUGCUAUCAGCAGGUGGCUUGUUGUUUGGGGAUUCUUUGUGUCAUUUUGCUGUUGGGCAUCAUAGCAGUCUGUGUCUACAAAAACCAGAACCUGACAUCACAAAACACCAAGCUGUCUGCAGAAAACCACAACCUGACAUCACAAAAAAUGAAGCUGGAGUCACAGAGGAACAAUUUAACAGAACAGAUACGGAACAUGGAGACAAAGUGGAAUGAGCUCAACGUCAGUCGAGCUCAGUGGAGCAUUGAUGCCUACUGCCCAAAACCACAAAACCAAACAAUUAUAAUAAUAAUAUUACAACGUAGUAAUGUUGUUUAUUGGUUGGUCUCUGUUGUUUCAGACAGACAGUGUAAAGCUUGUCAGAUUGGCUGGUUACCCUCUCAGUCCAGCUGCUAUGUGAUUAAUGACCCUGAUGUUUCUGGUCAGAAAACCUGGGAAGAAGCUCGAGAAGACUGCAGAGGAAAGAUUUCAGAUUUGGUUGUUAUAGUUGAUCAAACGGAGAAGACAUUCAUCAAUGAUAAAAGUUGGGGCAGUUCAGGAACCAAGGGAUACUGGAUUGGCCUGAGAGCUGAAGAUGGGAAAUGGAAGUGGGUCAAUGGAAGUGUUCUGACUGAAAACUCCUGGAUACAACAACCUGCUACCAACGGUCAGUGUGUAAUUUCUGUCCAGAGAGAAGGAUGGAAAUCAGUGAGCUGUGGUGCCAGAAACAGAUGGAUCUGCAAAAAGAAGGCUUUAUCUCUUUAAACACUGCAGUCAUACUUGAGAAGGUUACUGGGGACUCUGUAAAGAUUCAUUACAUGGAAGAUGAUAUCAA